CAAAUGUGCACGCCUCCUUCCUACGGAUGUUGGAUGCUGUAGCCCAGGAAAAAGACGAACAGCGACCGAGACUUUGGCGCAGAAUUCUUACUAAACUCUACGAAUGUUCGACAAUGCUUGUAUUAUGUUUCUCCGUUUUUAUGGCUCUUUGGACGCGCCACGUCAGACUAGCUCAGCAGCCUGAGAAGGUCCACACGCCUAAUGACCGGCCGCCCAUUUUCCCGCCUGAUUCAGUCAAUAUGAUAGACAUUCGCAACGGAUCCAUGGAGGCUUUGCGCUCAUUGACUUGGCGUCAUGACUCUGUAGCAGCGAUGCUGUAUGCACCGUGGUCUGGGCAGUCGCGCAAGGCAGCGCCCUGGUUUGCAGAGGCUGCACUGCAGUUGAGAGACGAGGUUUUAUUUGUGGCUAUUGACUGCUGGUAUUUACACGGAACGUGUCGGCAAGAUAUCUCGGUUCCUGUGUAUCCACGUGUUGUCGUCUACUUCUCGUCGAAUAUGGGUUUUUUGGAGUACAUUGGUGGACUUAGAAGUUAUGAAAUAGCACGAUUCGUACGACUUGUUGUUAGGCCGCUUUUCUUUGUAUCAACAGAAGCGGCUUACGAGUCUUUUGUGUCAUCAGAGGAGACAGUUGUACUUGGAUAUUUUGAUUUCGAACUGGAUCCUGAACCUCGAGAGUAUUUGGCUUAUCUCGGAGCUGCCAGGCUAGCCUUGGCGGAUGAUAUUGGGGAUGGGCUACGAUUCGGUGUCAUAUCGAGUGUAAAAGUCGCUCUAGUUGCCGAAAUGCCACAUCACCCUUCAAUCAUGCUAUGCCGAUCUACUCGCCCAGACAAAUUGUUUGAUGGCGAUUGGACCCCAGAAGCCAUAUACGAAUGGGCACUAGACCAUCGAGAACAGCAUGUUAGAUUGUUGGUGAACAGCUUGGAUUUGAUAGAGAAGAUUAGAAAGCAGCCGGCCGUCAUUCUGUUCCUACCUCUCAAUGACUCUUCUAUCACAAACAGAUUUCUAAGAAUGCUGAGACGAAUUGCAGGAGCUUUGUAUUCGUGCCCGAUAACACAUUGGGUGCAAACUGAUUCAACCGUGGUGCCACAUUAUUGCACAAACUAUAACUUAUGUGAUCAGAAUGUCAGGCUGCAUACUGACGUGAACGUCGAGCGUGAUAAGUGCUCGCUGAGAUGUUAUUAUUACUCACUAUUUAAACUAUGGACCUCUCAAUCAGCAGUAGAUACUGAUGGUCAACAUUGGUGUGAGUUGCCUGAAAGUGAUGAUGGAAAUGUAGCGAAGUGCUAUGAUCUUGACAAACACCUGACAGACUGCAAAGGCCAAUCAGAUUUUAUUCAGUCGAAUGCUGCAGUGCCCGAUGACGAUGACGUUGAAGAUGGGAACGUGUCGUAUCUUGAUAGGAUUGUCGGUUUGGGUUGUCGGGGACAACGCUCGCACAAUCUCAGUUUUUUCUACAUGGAUUCUAAUAAACACUGGGUGUAUGCUCAAGCUCUGGCAGUCGAUCACGAAUUGUUGCCGAGAAUAGUAGUUACGAUCGCAGAUAUGAAGGUACGUACGUAUGUAUGCAUGUAUUGUACAGAACAGGUCACAGUUUGUACACGACGAAGAUGUUCCAAUAUCAGAAGACACGACAGCCGAGUUUAUCUGGAAGUUCCUGCACACGAAACUCGAACCAAGACUGAACUCUGCAUCCGUACCGACAUCUCCCUGCGUGCCGUCUCAUCUCAGUGGCUGCGUGUGGGAGGUGGUGGGUCAAACAUUCGACGAGAUUGUGCUGGACAAGACAAAGGUACCGGCUACCAUCUCAUUCGCAGACGCACGCUGGUUCCGGCCAUCUUGCGUUUAUCUCACGCUCUGAAGUCAUACCAUCACGUUCGUAUCGCCCGAUUGAAUAGAGACGAUAAUGACCUUCCACGUGGAAUUUUUCAGCCCGUUGUUUAUCCGUCGUUGGUUCUCUAUUUAGCUGAUAGGAAAACAGAGCCGUUGUUGUAUCCACGCGACGCGCCUCUAACCGUUGCCGAUCUCGUGGCGUUUCUUCGCCGCCAUCUUUCUUUACCGGGUGACGUCAAUUUAGGAAGUCACCACCAGGCGGCUUCGAAACUUUGGAGUUUACGACAGGAACGCAACAAAGCGGUAGAGAAGGAAAAGAGCUUGCAAUCGUUGGUCGACUAUCUUAAAGGUCAGAAUCGUUUUCUAUUGGCGAGGAUCAUAGUUCGAUCAGUCGAGAUGCAAUGGUACCGGCAACGCGUGGAUGAAUUACUAACGGAAAUCGACGCUCUUGGUUUCGAUCUCGAGCAGAGCGCAUGCCUCAAGUCACAAUCCUCUGUCACAGAAACCGACCGAAAGCCAAAAACCAGUCUGAAAGUAAAGUGGCUUGAGAGAAGAAUUCACGCACUUGUAGCAACCAAUGCGGUACUUUUUCGAACACUAUUUGAAGAGCAGCGACUGCCGAUGCGAGAGACGCACGAAAGCGCGACAAUCGACGAAGAACCAAACACGUUGCGCGCCAGACUAGAAACAAUCACGUUAGUGUACCGCUCGGUUAAAGGUCGCUUCGAUUUGCUGCGCUUUCGGUGUCGCCAUAUAACAAGCGAGCUCAUGGCGAGCAGGUCAUUUAUUGAGGACACGGUAUCGCGGUACGAGGCGCUGGUAAAGAGAGUGCAGCGGACUGUAGGGUUGGUGAUACAUGCGACUAGAGCCAUUCAAGAGGGAGUCUACAGUGUGACCGAUGAAGAACGUCGAGCGAAUGACGUUGUAGGAGAACUCGAAGAGGCGCUUAGAAUGUGGACGCGCAUGCAGACCGAUUUCGCAGCCGGCAGACGUAGUGACCUAUCGGACUUAUCCAAAUCUUUUCAACCAAAUGAAGUUGACGGUUAGGGUUGCGAUUGAAUUUGUUCUUAAUUUGAGAUUGGA